CAGUCCGUGAGGCGUCUACGUAUAUAAUGUCUAUGUUUCUCUUUAUUUUGUCAAACAAUAGUGCGCACGCGCAGCGCGUCGUGCUACCAUAGCAACCAAGUCCGAAGCUCAACUAUUAACUAACAUGGCCAAAGCAACGUUGCUGAAAGAUGCUCUGUCCAAAUGGGAGGUGAAUACAAAGGAGAAGGCGAGUGAGGCCAAAGUUAUAAAACUAUACGGUCAGGUCCCACCAAUAGAAAAGCUGGAUGCUUCUCUCUCUAAACUAAAAAACUGCGAGAGACUGGCUCUGUCUACAAACUGCAUUGAAAAAAUAACUAAUCUUGAUGGCCUGAAGAACCUGAAGAUACUGUCUUUGGGACGAAAUAACAUCAAGGUGCUUAAUGGACUGGAGACAGUGGCUGAGACGUUGGAAGAGUUGUGGAUUUCAUAUAAUGUAAUAGAGAAACUGAAGGGAAUUGAGUCCAUGAAGAACCUAAAAGUCCUCUACAUGUCCAAUAACCUGGUCAAAGAUUGGAGUGAAUUUGUGAGGUUGGCUGAUCUGCCGUGCCUUGUAGACCUGGUUUUUGUUGGAAACCCUCUGGAGGAGAAGCAUUCAGCUGACGGGACCUGGAUGGAGGAAGCCCCAAAAAGAUUACCAAACCUGAGGAAGUUAGAUGGAAAACCCAUCAUCAAACGGGAGGUGGAUGAAGCAUCCGAAAAGAACUAAAUUUCACCCACUCUCAACCCCUUAAACCCAGAAUGGACCAAG